ACUGCAUGCAUCAAAUUCUCCACUCCCUCGCUGACGCUGGCCUGCGUGGGGUUGAGAUGACAUGCGCGGACGGCUACAUUCACCGAGUCUUCCCGAUCCUGGCUGCAUACAUUGCAGACCACCCGGAGCAGUGCCUAGUCGCUUGCUGUAUGCAAAAUUGGUGCCCCAAGUGUCUAGUGGGCCGAGAUAACUGUGGAAGUCGGUCUCCAUCUGAGAACCAAGAGCAGACAACCACUCUGGAGACGUUAGCGAUGCAAGAAGAUGGAGAGUACCCACCAGAGUUUGUCGCUCACGGUCUCCACAAAGUCUAUGCCCCAUUCUGGUCUGACCUUCCCCACACCGAUAUAUUCUGCUGUAUCUCAUUGGACCUCUUGCAUCAACUGCACCAUGGAGUGUUCAAGGAUCACCUCGUGCAGUGGUGCACUGCUCUUGUUGCUGGUGGUGCGACUGAACUCGAUAAACACCUGCAGGCCAUCAGGAAAUCGACAGGCUGCUUUUUUGGGUCAAGUUACUUGUAG